AUGCGAAGCCGAGAGCUCCCGCUAGUCCUCCUGGCGCUGGUGCUGUGCCAGGCGCCCCGGGGGCCAGCGGCCCCGGUGUCAGCGGGCGGAGGCACCUUGUUGGCCAAGAUGUACCCGCGCGGCAACCACUGGGCAGUGGGGCACUUGAUGGGGAAGAAGAGCACAGGAGAGUCGCCCUACGCUUCUGAAAGGGACAGCCUGAAGCAGCAGCUGCGGGAGUACAUUCGGUGGGAAGAAGCUGCCAGGAGUUUGCUGGGCCUCAUGGAAGAAAAGGGGAAUAGGAACCAGCAGCCACCUCGACUCGAGCUCCUGGGCAACCUCCAGCCUACCUGGGAUUCAGAGGACAGCAGCAACUUUCGAGACGUUGGCUCAAAACGCCAAGAAAGCUGGUAGGAUCUCCCUGGGAAGGAAGGAGCCCCCAGCCGAAUGGACAAUGGCAGCCUCUUUCAAAGGAG